AUGGCAGGGAUUGACAUCGUAUACCCGACUGCUGCACCGGACCCACGCUUUCGCCUGCUCGAGCUUCCAGCAGAUCUCUGCAAGCUCGUCGAAGCCUCGCCAGAAGAUUUCAGCCUUACAAUCAAGGGCUUGGAGGGAGAAGACGCCGUGCUGUGUACGCCCGACAAGACCUACACUAUACGCUCGGUCGUCCUAUCAAAUGCGGUUCUCGUUCUUACCCCUCCGCCCGGACCAAGCACCCUGGCCAGUAUGAACGUAGAUGACCUGCAACCAAGAGCCGAGAUACAAGAAAGCCUGCACGAGAUUCUCGAACUGACCCCGACCGUGCCCAAACUACACCGAUUGCGCGGGAUGUUGCGGGGGAUGGAGUGGGAUGAGGGGCAAGAGGAGGGCGACGCAGAGUCGGAUGAUGGAAAUAACCAAAGUAGCCGCAAACGCGUAACGUAUGACCAAGUUAAGUCUGAGCUGCGAGCGAGCGAUCGAGAGAUCGAACGAGCCGUCAGAGACUAUCACAUCCUCAUAGUCAGCGAUGCACUACGGCCCAUUGCACCAACAUACCUGCACACCAUCCUUGAGCUACUGCUCACCUAUCUCGUCGCAUUGAGCCAACCACACGAUGCUGCAUCUGUAGUGGAACUUGCUUCCGCCUUGGAAUCCGAACAUGAUGUUCGUCGCGAAGUAACAGUGCAGAUAAUGCAGUGGUUUGGUGAUGUUAGUGGCGCGAAGGGCGAACAACUCUGGAGUAUGGACGUCUCUGGCGUCGUUCGUCAAAUUGGACUUGGACUUCUCAGGAAUCACAGGGAUACUCCUGCACCAGAGUCAGACUUCUUGGGCAAGUGGCGAACCGCGGUCGGCGACGUCUUUGUGAAUGAGGUCAAGAUGGAUCUACUCGCAGGCAACUACCUCUCGGCUCCAGCACCUCUAUCCGUCUCUCCCGAUGCCGAACUCCAACUGACCUACUUCCCGCAAAGCGAGCUCCCCACCGAACCCACCGCCCGCUUCGCCGACCUCUUCCUCGUCCGCACACGAUGGCAUGCAAAGGAGAUUGCACCCUUCUUGUCCGAUAUCGCCGUAGACUCAAAGGACCGCGAUAAGCUGCUGCUGAAGUACGCGAGGGCGGUCACAGAGCCGGACGGGAUAUGGUACACCGCGCGCUUGAGAUGA